AUGCUUAUGGAAAAUGGAACUCUGGGAAUAAUCGAGAUGUCCAAACAAAAUAAACUCCCUUUAGUUGAUUACCUCAUUGGUAUGCGCCAAGUUUCACCGGCUGGUGAAAUUUCUUACGAUGAUGAUGGGAAGCAUGCUGAUCAGGAUUCGCCACAUUUUACUCGUGUUUACAAACAGCUGAAAGCGGCUGAUGUGUUUUUUGACGCGUACAGCUCCGCAAUAUCUUUUAUUCAUUCGGAAAGCACCAAGGACGAAUUUCCUCUCAAAGUCUCUAUGUUUUCUCACUUUGCAACACCUAUGGAGCGCCGUAUUAAAGAGUUGUCAUACGAGGAUAAACUGUGGCUAGUGAUUGAAAUUUUGGUUCCGAUUUCCGAAUCCUGCUCACUCAGCUCGCCAUCCACCAUCAGUCUUUCCGCCCUUGCUAACCACUUUCUCGGCCCUCCAUCUGAUGCACCGGUAUCUGGUCUUAUAACAUCUGAGCCUAGCAGCAGGCUAGCGAUGCAGAUAAACUGCUCAGUGCCACAGACGACUUUCCCCCUUCACAAUGAUUCUUACGCUGAUGGUCUUGAUGAUUGUCACUCCACUAUUGAAGCUGACUCCAAGUCACUUUUGCCUCAGCCUCUAGCUCGUUUGCCGAGUGAUUUUUGGCGUUUACACAUCAGUGUUUUGCCGAUGCUGGAUAAUGAACUAUCUGUUUUGCCCCCUAAGACCCCAUCUGAAUCAACGCUAAUAACUCACUUAUCUGGCAAUUUCCUGGGGACUUCUACCAAGGAGCCUUUACAUGACUCUUCUUAUUCUGAUGUACAAGCUGGCGAGCAUAGCUUUGUCUUCACUCAUACUGAAGGCUGGUUUGACGCUGAAUUUAAGCCGUUCUCAUCUAAGUUGGUUUAUCCUGACAUUUUUUUCUUCAUUAUAAUCUAUUCCUGUCGCCGCUUGAUUCUGCCUCCCUCUUGGACUCGUUUGGUCACUCAGCAUCGCGCCCAUCCAACAAGCAGGUCAAGUAUAAUCUCUCAUUCAGCUCCCUCUUGUUCCCAUCAUUCUGACGAUUCCUACCACCUUGACAUCGGUGCUCCGAAAACCGACGCAAUUACGGCCACUUGUUCUAACCUAUCCUGUCCUCUACAGCCUCUCUGUUUAGAGGUUGUUGUUUCCCUUGAGUUAAUUUCACCUGAUUGCAUGUCUUGCUUGAUCAAAAUGAACGACAAUGAGGUAUCUUCCAAAGAUGACUCCAGAAAGUUGGCUUGGUUGGAGCUUAACCGGCUAGCUGGGCUUCCAGAAAUGCAGCCAGGCAGGUCGUACAAAUAUAUGUAG